CUUUUAUGUGCACGCGCUCGGGAAGUAAUCUUGGUUUCAGUAAGAAAACCUGGCUCGACAUAGAUUGUUGGUAGUCAGCGUCGUGAUAUCGUUUAUUUAGGAUUACGUUUGUUUGGUUUUGUUGAAUCUUAAAUUAGGUUCCAACACCGGAUUUGUUAAACCGGUUUCGUGAAAUGGGUCUCUUGUUGAGUAAGUAAUCCCGUUUUACUAUCUAAAAUCGGUGCUAUUUCCGUUCCAGAAACCGAGAUCAGAAUAAGCGUCGCUCAAUUACCUUGACAACUAAUGCUCUGAACAAAACCUAUUCGAGAGCAGAGACGUGUAUCACGAAACUCGUUUAACAAACUCAGGGUUUCAACUAAGUUUCAGUUUAACAAAUCCAAAUAAUGGAUGUGGCGCGGGCGAGCAACACUCUGUUAUGACUCAGGCUUUGUUACUUCCUGAGCAUGCGAACUUAAAAACGUGGUGUGUGCGAGAAUCAGACAAUCACGUAAGUAUGGACCGCAAUAGGGCUCCAUAUUUUUCGGUAGAGGAACAGCGCAUUAUAUUGGAAAAAUAUGAAGAAUUUAGAGGGACAUUUAAAGCCAAGAGCAACACCGUGGGUGCCGCCAAAGCAAGGAAGGCGUGCUGGCAGCGGAUCGCUGACAGCGUAAAUGCUUACAGUGCAAAUGGUGUGAAGAGAACUUGGACACAAGUUAAAACAAAAUAUAAAAAUAUUGUCCAGACUGCCAACAGAAAGCGGGGCUCUGUAAAGCAGAGAGGAGGGGGACCGCUGCAGAAUAUUCUGGUGGAGGAGCUGACCCUCUCGAAUAAUGAGGGUAGCCCAUUGAUAACAGGGUUCCAAGGUAUGGAUGGGACUUCCAAAUACCUAGAACUGCACGCCACCAUGGAGAACCACCCUGAGGCAACAAAGAUUGAUGAAGAAAGCUUAUCCAUCUGCUCUGAGAUAAAAACAGAGGAAGUUAACCCAGUGUCAUCUCCACAUGCUGGGCCCUCUGUAUCAGCCCCAACAUCAAGAAUGAUGGAAUCGGAGAGUGUGAAGACCCUUUACAAGAGGACCUUGGAACUGGAUAUCAUAUAUAAAGAACUUUUAAUAAAAAAAGUCAAGCUUGAAAUUGAGAGGCUUGAAGAUGAAAAACAGGUAGGUAUAUAUGGCUAAUACACUGAAUUUUUCCUCAAAGAAUACUUAUAAAAAUAAAGAAUCGACAUAAUGUUUUUUUUCUCCCU